AUGUGUGUGUGCACAGAGAAUGAACGUAAUCCCCAAUUCUGGCUUGACUCGGCGCGGGAGUCUCUGCAAAGACGGAAGGCACAGACGCAAUCCACAGCUACUGCUAAGAACGUGGUCCUGUUCAUUGGCGAUGGAAUGGGUGUGACCACUAUCACCUCCUCACGUAUCCUGAGGGGGCAGCUGGAGGGAGGGCUUGGGGAGGAGUUCAAUCUGAACAUGGACACUUUCCCCUACACUGGGUUGUCUAAGACAUACUGCACAGAUUGUCAGGUACCAGACAGUGCCUGCACAGCCACCGCCUUUCUCUGUGGAGUAAAGACCAACCAGCAGAUGCUGGGAGUGAGUGCCAGCGCUGUGCAGAGCAACUGUAGCUCCAUCAAAGGCAACGAGGUCACCUCUAUCCUGCGCUGGGCCAAAGACGCAGGUAAGUCUGUUGGCUUUGUGACAACCACUGGGGUCCAGCAUGCCACACCAGCGGUGGCCUACGCCCACAGUGUCAAUCGUUACUGGUACGCUGACAGCUACAUGAGUCCCGAUGCCAGGGAGCAGGGGUGCACGGACCUAGCCCACCAACUGGUUCACAACAUCCCUGACAUCGAGGUCAUUAUGGGGGGUGGGAGGCAGUUCCUGACCCCUGUGGGAACCUCUGAUCCUGUAUAUCCCAAUAAUACCCGUGCUCAAGGAGUGCGAUUGGAUGGUGUGAAUUUGAUCGACAAAUGGAAAGAGCUGAAAGGCAACAAGAAUGCUACAUAUGUGUGUAACCAGGCUGAAUUUAAAUUGGUUGAUCCAGAUAAAACAGACUACUUGUUGGGGCUGUUUGCUCCAGCGGAUAUGAGCUUUGAGCUGCACCGUGACCCCAGCAUCGAACCUUCACUGCCCGACAUGGUGGAUUUGGCCCUCAGGAUCCUCAAAAAAAAUCCUAAUGGCUUCUUCCUGCUGGCAGAGGGUGGAAGGAUUGACCACAGUCACCAUUUAUCUCAAGCCAAACUGGCCCUUCAUGAUACUCUCCAGCUGGAUAAGGCAGUGGAAUGUGCGGCCAAGCUGACCGAUGAGAGAGAGACGCUGACUGUCGUGACGGCCGACCACUCCCACACGCUCAGUCUGGGCGGGUACCCUGAGCGGGGGAAUCCCAUUUUAGGGUAUGCCAGUACACCCAGUGAUGUUGAUGGCAUGCCCUACACAUCACUGCUGUAUGGAAAUGGACCAGGAUUCAGUCUGGUCAAUGGCAGUCGGGCAAACCCUCAGCUUGAUAACACUACUAAGACCGGCUACCGGCAGCAGGCGGCGGUUCCCCUCACCUUUGAAACGCACACCGGAGAGGACGUGGCUGUGUACGCCCGGGGUCCAUGGGCACACCUCCUCACCGGCACCAACGACAACACCUACAUCGCCCAUGUCAUGGCGCACGCUGCGUGCAUCGGCCCUCACUCCUCCCGCUGCGCCCCCCGCACCCCCGUCCACAGCACCGCCCACCUCCCCCUGCCUCCCGCCCUGCUGCUCCUAAUGCCCCUCCUCUCCCUCGCCACCAGGUGGCAGAGUGGAUACUGA